AUGUCCCACAUCACCCCGGAUGCUGUGGUUGUCUGGAGUCCGGAGAUAAACUUGGGGUUAGCUUUCUGGGGGCUGAGUGUACCGCAUCGGAUGCACUUGAAGAUAACGGAUAUUGAGAAGCAACCAGAUGAACUGUGGAUUCAGCCAUCAACUAUCGGGUCUGAGUUCUUGGUUCCAAAGGCAACUGGGGUGCGUGGGGAGGAAUGGCUGGUGCUAUCCGCAGCGAUUGCAACGGCAGCGGAAAGAGCUCCAGCGCUACUGAGUCUUCGCCAGGAACCAGUAAAGUGA